GAAUGCAGCAGGCGGAAGGCGGGUCCCGCUACGCCUUUGCUCAGCGCCGGCUGGAGCGAAAGAAAGAAGGGCACCGAGCGAGAUAGUCCAGUCGAGUUAGACCUUCUCGCCUCCCCGGGUCGCCGGCGAUGGGGCGGAGAGAUCCGCUAGAGCGCGCAGGGCCGCUCCCCGCGCCGCCCGAGUGAGCCGCUCUUCUGGGAAGCCGCUUCCCGGGGGCUGCGCCCGCAACCCACCCGUUGCUGCCGCGGAGGAGCCCUCCCCGCCUCUCCCCGACCACUUGUGCGGAGCCAAUCUGACCUCCGGAACACACUUCCCCGCGCCUCCCGGGCAGCCGCACUAACACGCUCCCGGCUGGAGAGGAGCGAGUGACGAUAAGGCUCCAGAGUCUGGGCUCCCCGGGCUGCGUCGGAGCUGCAGGGGGCCAGGGAGGGGAGGGAGAGAGGGAGAGAGAAGGAAGAGGAGAGAGAGCCUGCAAGGCUGGCUGAGUCAGCUUGGCGAGCAGCCUCCGGGUCGCAGGCUCCGGGGGAAACUGCUGCUGCUUCCAGCCCGGCCAGAGCUGUUCUCACACCACCGCCUCUCACCCUCUCCUGGUCUCUGCCACCUCCCCAGAGAAAGGUUCCUGGGCUCGCGCGGCGAUUUCCCCAGCUUGAAUCCGGAUGCAGGCGGCGCGCUCCCGCACGCAGGAGCGCGGGGCGCCAGCAGGACACCCUCUCCUCUGGGCCCGCUCUCCCCUCUCUGCCCUGCUGCUCCCGCUCCUCCGCCACCUCAGCCCUCGCCGGCCGCAGCUCGGAGAGACGCCACCCAGCCGCGGCUGGCACUCGCAGCCCGGGGUCACGCACUGACGAGGGGAGCUAGAUCGGGGAGCCCUAGACCGGACCCAAAGCUCAGGGGUGGAGGGGGGGGGGUCGUGGGGCGGAAAGUGAAAGGGCAGGUGGUAUAUAAAGCUGUGAGAGUCGCCCACUCUGGAGCCCGCGCUUCUCCCCCGAGCCAUCCCCGCCUAGCCGCACUCGGGCCAGCGCCUGGCGAGCUGGCCCAUCUGUGGCAUCCGCCGUCGCCUCCUCCUUGCACCUCCUCGCCGACCCCUCCCUCGCGGGACCUGCAUCCCGCUCCGCCAAUCAGCGCCUGCCUGCCUCUUCCCACGUGAUCUCGGGCGGGCUAAGGACCUGCUGCUUCCCAAACGCCAGAGGGAUGCGGGCGGCAGAGCGCGAGAGGCGGCUGCGGGGCUGUGGGGCGCUUUGACUCUCCUUCCACGCAGCCUCCUUGGACUCCUCUCCUCCGCCCUCCGGACUCCGGUCUCCUCGUGGUCCCCUGGCUUCCCAGAUCCCCCGCCUUAUGGCAGCAGCCCCCCGAGUCUCCGGCGCAGCUUCUCGGCGGACGACCCUCUCGCUCCCGGGGCUGGGCCGGGUCACUGGAUGUUGCUGAAACUCCGGAGACCAUGCGCGGGUUUGGCUGCUGCUUCCCCGUCGGGUGCCACUGCCGCCGCCGCCGCCUCUGCUGCCGCCGUCCGCGGGAUGCCCAGUAGCCCGCUGCCCGGCCCCCGCGAUCGCGUGUUCUUCGGAAGCCGUUUGCUACUGCAGAGUUGCGCGAACUAGUCAUGGUGCUGUGGGAGUCCCCGCGGCAGUGCAGCAGCUGGACACUCUGCGAGGGCUUCUGCUGGCUGCUGCUGCUGCCGGUGAUGCUACUCAUCGUAGCCCGCCCGGUGAAGCUCGCGGCUUUCCCUACCUCCUUAAGUGACUGCCAAACGCCCACCGGUUGGAACUGCUCUGGUUAUGAUGACAGAGAAAACGAUCUCUUCCUCUGUGACACCAACACCUGUAAAUUUGAUGGGGAAUGUUUAAGAAUUGGAGACACUGUGACUUGCGUCUGUCAGUUCAAGUGCAACAGUGACUAUGUGCCUGUGUGUGGCUCCAAUGGGGAGAGUUACCAGAAUGAGUGCUACCUGCGACAGGCUGCAUGCAAACAGCAGAGUGAGAUACUUGUGGUGUCUGAAGGAUCAUGUGCCACAGAUGCAGGAUCAGGAUCUGGAGAUGGAGUUCAUGAAGGCUCAGGAGAAACCAGUCAAAAGGAGACUUCCACCUGUGAUAUCUGCCAGUUUGGUGCAGAAUGCGAUGAAGACGCUGAGGAUGUCUGGUGUGUGUGCAACAUCGACUGCUCUCAAACCAACUUCAAUCCCCUCUGUGCUUCUGAUGGGAAAUCUUAUGAUAAUGCAUGUCAAAUCAAAGAAGCAUCAUGUCAGAAACAGGAGAAAAUUGAAGUCAUGUCGUUGGGUCGAUGUCAAGAUAACACAACUACAACUACUAAAUCUGAAGAUGGGCAUUAUGCAAGAACAGAUUAUGCAGAUUUGACGGGAACUGGAUUAACAGAAGAGUCAGAAGGCCCAAGUAAAGAUAAAGAAUAUGAGAAUGCUAACAAGUUAGAAGAAAGUGCAAGAGAGCACCACAUACCUUGCCCAGAACAUUACAAUGGUUUCUGCAUGCAUGGAAAGUGUGAACAUUCUAUCAAUAUGCAGGAGCCAUCUUGCAGGUGCGAUGCUGGUUAUACUGGUCAACACUGUGAAAAAAAGGACUACAGUGUACUGUAUGUUGUCCCCGGCCCUGUACGAUUUCAGUAUGUCUUAAUCGCCGCUGUGAUUGGAACCAUUCAGAUUGCCGUCAUCUGCGUGGUGGUCCUCUGCAUCACCAGGAAAUGCCCCAGAAGCAACAGAAUUCACAGACAGAAGCAAAAUACAGGGCACUACAGUUCAGACAACACAACAAGAGCAUCCACGAGGUUAAUCUAAAGGGAGCAUGUUGCACAGUGGCCGGACUACCGAGAGCUGGGACUACACAAUACAGUAUUAUAGACAAAAGAAUAAGACAAGAGAUCUACACAUGUUGCCUUGCAUUUGUGGUAAUCUACACCAAUGAAAACAUGUACUACAGCUAUAUUUGAUUAUGUAUGGAUAUAUUUGAAAUAGUAUACAUUGUCUUGAUGUUUUUUCUGUAAUGUAAAUAAACUAUUUAUAUCACACAA